UGGUUUUCUCCAGAUUUUUAUGUCAUUCUCACAUAUUCAUUUACCUAUUGGGCGAGCAGGCAUGCAAGCUUCUGAUUGUACAUCUCAUGAUUCAAAAAUAUUAAAUGAUGCACUAACGAGAAGAAAUGGGUUAAAAGUUCCACGAGGGAAGUGUUUUCUAGUUGAUUGUCGAUUUGCAAAUCGACGUCAAUUUUUGGCUCCAUUUCGAGGUGUUCGAUAUCAUCUUAAAGAUUUUGGUGGGCAAGGUCGUCAUCCUGAAAAUGAAAGGGAGUUAUUCCAUUUACGUCAUGCUUCCUUGAGGAAUGUUGUUGAGAGAAUAUUUGGCAUUUUUAAAUCACAAUUUGCGAUUUUUAAGUCAGCCCCUCCGUUCCCAUUCAAAAUGCAAGCAAAGUUAGUAUUGGCAUGUGCAGGAGUGCAUAACUUUCUACGCAAAGAGUGUCGCUCAGAUGAAUUUACAUGUUGAUUUAGACGAUGAAGACUCUUCAGAUGAAUCUUUAUUAGAAGACGACGAAGAUGAAAUUGACGAUCUCCAAACACAGGAUGAAGAAAGGCAAUAUGCAAAUCAAUGGAGAAAUGAUAUUGCACAACAAAGGUGGACGGAUGUUAUCAAUGAAGAUUAGAUAGAUUGAAUCUAUUUCUUUUGUUACUUUAGUACGGUUUCUAAUUGUUUAAGGUUGUACUUUGAUUGCGGUUCCUAACUUUUUAAGGUUGUGCUUUUAUUUAGUACGGUUCCUUUUGUUACUUUAGUACGGUUCCUAAUUGUUUAAGGUUG